CAUGUUGUUUCGUGUCUCGAUUCUUUUCAACAUCGCGUUCCCCAGGACGCUCACGAGUACAUUGUCUUUGGGCUCCUCGGAGAAAUACUUCUCGCAUUAAUUCAAUGCAACAAGAAGGGUGUCCCAAAACCCCUCGUCAAGGUCAUCGCGAAGCAAGUGCUUCUCGGCCUUCAAUAUCUCCACUAUGAAUGCGAUCUU